UGAGCAAAGAAGUGAGCAACUCUUCACGUUUAUUGUUUCUUCCGCUUGGGGUGUUUUGUGUUUUCUCUGAGGUUUUUCUUACAUUUUCUUUUGUAUUUUAUAGUUUAGUGAAGUAAAGCCACCGUGAAUGCAAUAAUCACACACUCAACUGCACCAUGGCAACAAAAGACAGCGGCGUGGAGGAGGUGAUAAAGGAACUGAGGCAAAUCACCCUGGCGGAUGGCGACAGUGUGGCUUCUGUGCUGGCCAAAAUCUCCGCGGCAGACCCAAAGACUUACGAGGACGCCGACUUGGCGGCGCCGCUGCACAGUCUGCUCGCCACUGCAUCCGGCAGCGACGACACGCGCGCACAGGUGGCCAAGUGCAUAGCCGAUGUGGCGAAGAUCGCCGGUCAGCGGAAGAGAUUCACCGCCAAGGACACCAUUGAACUCCUGCUAAAGUUCAUCCGCGAGGCGGAGAAGGUAGAAAAGAUCAAGCUCGUGACGCAAGCGUGUCGCGCUCUGGGCAACAUUUGCUAUCUGAAUGACGACGCCAGGAGUCUGAUAGUGGAGCUGAAGGGCGAUGACAGCCUCGUGAAGCUGCUGGACGUGAGUGUGGCGGAGGAGAGUGCGGAGUAUGAGCAAUUCGUGAAGGUUCGAUGCGGCGUCAUCUCGAAUUUCCUCCUGGGCGGCGAGGAAUUCUCCAAGAAGGCCAUGGAUCUAGGCAUCCUGAGCCGACUGGAGGCCACAGCCGACGCGGCGUCACAGCGGAAGCCCCUGCCGGAGGUGCUGCUGCAGAACACGCUGCAGCCGCUGAGCAUUCUCACGGAGAACGUGCCGGAUCUGAAGUUCAGCGCGUCACUGAAUCGCAGUCUGGUUCGCAUUCUGGGUGCGUCGACGCAUCCGGACCUGGGCGAGAUGUGCCUGGAACUGCUGCACUACCAGGCGGAGAAUGACGACGUGAAGUUGCUGCUGGCGAAGGACGGCCUGUGUGAGACAAUCUACAGGCUGCUGGAGAAGUACAAAACGCUGGCGAGCAGUAGCAGCGAUGCGCGCGCUCUUAUGAAGUUGGCAUGUGAUCUAAUCGUACUUAUCCUCACGGGGGAUGACUCCAUGAGCUACCUCUACUCCACGCCCUUCCGGGGAAACAUGGAGGCCUGGCUGGAGGCGACUGACGUGGACCUGGUGACGACGGGCGUGCUGGCGCUGGGCAACUUCGCGCGCACGGACAGCCACUGCAUCGACAUGGUGCGCGGCAAUGUGAUGCACAAGUUGCUGGCCAUCCUGGCCAAGAACAACAGCACCAGCGACGACGUGAAUCUGCAGCACGCGCUGCUCAGCACGCUACGCAAUCUCGUGAUACCCAAGGUGAACAAGACGGCGGUGAUCGAGGCGGGACUGGUGGGCAUUCUGCUGCCCAUGCUGGAGAUCCACACGCCCUGGGUGGUGUUCAAGCUGCUGGGCACGCUGCGCAUGACUGUUGAUGGGCAGGAGAAGCUGGCGCUGGAGCUGCUGGCCAACGAGAAGCUCAUCCGGCAGCUGGUGACGUGGAGCAACUCCACGGACUACGCGGGCGUCACGGGUGAGUCACUGCGCCUAAUGGCGUGGCUCGUGAAGAACGCGUACGCCGUUCAGCGGCACGACGGCGCCGCGAUGGCGGUGGCGGAUCACGGCAGCCUGGCGAGGUUCGCGUGCACCGAGGGCGCAGUGGAGUGCAUGGUGGCGAUGCUGGCGUCGCAGCACCUGGUCAUGCAGAACGAGUCCCUGAUUGCCUUAAGCAUCCUGCUGGUUGUCUUCGGGCAGAGCGCCGGCGCGGCGGCCGCCAGUGGCCCCAGCGUGGAUCUCGAGAGUCUCCUCGUGGCCGCGAAUGUGGGCGCGAAGCUGGCGGAGCUGAUCUCCACGCGCGCCGACACCAUGACCAAGGAGAUCGUGGAGAACCUGCAGGCCGUGAUCGAGCUGCUGCGCAAGUCGGACGCCCUGACGAAGCACCUGGCGCAGCACAACAUCGACGAGCAAGUCAAGUCAAUCCCAAUUCUCGUGGAGUACUGCACACUCUAAGAAGCGCACACGAGCGCCCGUUCUCGAGCGCACAGCACGUGAGUAUUUUACCUUUAUGAUGAGCCCUGUGACGUAAGUUUCUGCAAGGUUUUUAUUUAGUUACAAUCUACAAUAUAAGGAAGAAAAUCUCGUAGCCAAUUUGGAAGUAAACAAAAAAGUGAGAUUGUAGAGAAGAAUUCCGUAGUGAUUUUCAGUGUUUAAUGAAAGAGAGUGAAAAAAAGAGAAAACAUUUUGCAUUUAUCACUAUAAACUUUUUUAACUGUAACUUUUCUCCUCUUGAGAUAUUUAAGGAUAAAGGCGAAUUGAUAGAAAAUGGCUUUUAUGAUGACAAACAGAAAGAAAAGUAUAUAUAAAUAUAUAUAAAUUUUCCUCUAAACCAAAUUUGUAAAUUUAGCAUGUCUUGAAACAUUUUUUAUUCCUUCUUCUUGAUGAAUAUUCCAAUCAAUAAUUAGAUCUUUGACUGUAAGAUAAUCCCUUUUGAAGUGAGAAAAAAAAGAGAGUAUUGAAACAUCGAAAAUCCUAUAAAUAGUUGCAAUAAAUGUCCAAGAGUUAGA